AUGAGUGAAAUCAAGGCAGCUUAUAAGACGUUUCCUGCCAAGGAUGACUUCCCUGAUCUUUCGCAGCAUAACAACUACAUGGCUAAAGCCCUAACACCAGAGAUUUAUGAAAAGUUGAGAGGAAAGGUCACCAAGAAUGGAUUCACUUUGGACGACGUUAUUCAGACUGGUGUGGAUAAUCCAGGUAAGCCAGGAAACUAACCUCAUUCUUGUUGAUGUUUGCAAAUGUUUUUCUGUUCGGCAUCAACACUUGAUUUUAGCCCUUUACUGAUAACAAUUUAUUCAACCAGUCCUCGCGCGCGCGAGAAGAACUGCGUGUGAAAGCGAAACUGGCUUCUAUUUAACAAAUAGAGAAGCCUUGACUGUACUCUGUUCUGUUAUAAAGCACGCAGGAAGCGGCUAGAGCACGAAAGAAGUGUAGGGAGAAACACGAGACGUAGUCUCGUGUUUCUUCCCACUUCUUGAGUGCUCUAGCCGCUUCUUAAGUGUUUUAUAACAGAACAGAGCACAGUCAAGGCUUCUCUAUUUGUUUCAUAAUAAAGAAUCCGUUAAAUUACCCAAGCAUUACUUUCAAUUUUCAAAACAAACUUUUUUCCAAAGCGAACAACAGUGUCGUCAGCAUGCUCUAUACUCUCAUUAAGCACACUACAAUAAGCCAAUCAGAAUUCCUGUUAGAACGGUUCAAAUAAUCUGAUUGGCUGUACAAGACCAAAGCUGUCAAAAGUGUCAAACCAUCAAAGUUCAAAAACGAUCAAAGUUCACAUUCUACGAUAGUUCACAAACUAAAAUAGUUCGGCAAGUCGAAUUUAACACUUUUGCCUGAAGUUUUUAAGUCUCUAAUACAGAAUCUUAAAGUGAAAUGUUCAGUGAACUUCAAUCGAAUUAUGGCUCAUAAAAACACGCGAGUUUUUUCACAUGACAAGGUAGAAAACAAACUGUUCAAGGCGAGUGUUUUUUGAAUGAACGACAGCCGAAUUCACCGAAACAUGAGGAUCGCUCGGAUACGGCAAAACUCGGCUGCAGUGACUUUCCACUCAACGCAUCGGAAAGGAUAUCAGAGCAAGCUCUUAUUUUUUCACUCGAAGGGCGGCCGAUAUAGUUUCUGAGACUUGCUUUACCGUGAUGACCGGAGAUCGCCAUGAUGAGCGAGCCGCGAUGGACUUCAGCAUGAUCAUAUUCGCUCAGACACCGUCAUGAUUAGAAUGAAUUUUAACAGUUAUGCCAGUUUUGUUAUAUUUUUCAUCAUAUCUGUUUGUUCUGUUUUGUUUUUGAACACUGAACUUUAAAUACUCUAUGAGUGUUCGCUGUGUUUGAUUUUUAUUUCCGUACGUAAGCUUGCAAUCUAACUGAGCGUGAAUUAAUCUUUAAAACUCGGAAUGUCUAUUUUGUUUUUCCUUCGAGGAUUUUCUCAUCUGCUCACGUUUUAAUAACGUAAAUUACUGCGCCUGGUAUGUUUACAAACUUUUAUUUGGUUCCUCUGUUGCUACUUGCCGGCUCGCUUGUUCCGAAACUUCACUUUCAAUUAUCGGAAAAAAGCUAAAAAGAAGUCCCGGAAAAGGUCGAACAUGGUACAAUUUGGCAGAUGGCGUGACAGCUUUAGCUCAGCUCUAUGCUCUAUACUCUCAUAGAGCACGCUCUUUCAACCAAUGACAGCGCGCGUUAUAUCCGAACUCUAUCAUAAAUAUCUGACAACUAUAAGAGAGCAAAAAAAGUGGAAGAAAAAAGAGAAACGUAGCGGCAAAAUUCGAUCAAGAUUAAUGAUCAAGUCAUCGCGCAGAAUUCCUGGACAUCAUUAACUAUUCAUAACCGUUGAAACGGCAAAUUUGAAAGUUUGCUUGCCGUGAAAUGCCUUGAAUAAGGAAGAAAGGGUCCAAAUUAGCUCAUUAGGCUUGAUAAAACUUACUGUUCUGAUUUCCAGGAGUUAUAACUUCAACUUUCACGCGCGGCUUUUUGAAGAAGAAGGUUGUAUCCUAAAUUUAAGUCGAUAACUAAGUGGAUAUAGGAGGUAUUGUUAGAAGUAUAUUUCUAACACUCUUAAUAUAGUUGAAGUUUUCUUUAUUUUUCUCUUUCUUACAUACAAUUUAUUACCUACGCUCAGAUCUCUCGAGGAAAGUGCGGGUCACCGCUUAUAAAGGUGACACUUACUGAGCUGUCAAUCUUUAACCAUCGUCAUGCUUUUACACUUAACUAGCAGAGGUACCUUUGAGAUGUUUACGCUUUACAAAAUGAUUUUCUUCUUUAAAUUUCUUAGUCUCACGGAAAACAAAAACAAGAUUGACAAUAUAAAAUUAUAAUAAACUUACUAACAGAAUUAAAAUCAUAGUUGAGGAGAUAUCCUAAGAGAAAACAGUCCUUGAAGACUGCUAAAUAACGACACAAUUAACAGAAAAUUCAGAGAAGUAAGGGCGUACCCAAGGUACCGCCUCCAAGAGAACUACGUGCUAUUCGUAUAAGUUUCCUGUUUAUAAAUUCAGUGUUGAGGAUGAAAAGUACUACAUGUUUACACCUUUAGUCACCUCUAAGAAAAAGAGGUGUCGAGCGUGCUGACUUAUAACUGUAAGAUAAGACCGCCAAAAAGAAUAAGAAAGGAUCAACUGGCCUAUCAUAACUUUUACUGAAAUGGCUUAUGGUAAUAUAUGAUUUCCAUUCAUUUUCAAAGUUUAAAUAAGUCAAAAAACACCUACAAUGAAAAUUCUUACUAGAUGCCAAUUUUGUUUUUUAACAGUUUAAGGAAUAGCUUUUUGCGCUUGAAAAUGGGCAAAAAUUGGCCAUUUUUCAGUAUGGGGGCCGCUUUCAUAGGCGAUUUUCAGAAAAUCUAAACGGCCUUCCCAACUUUUACGGAAGGCAAUGAAAAACUUGCUCUUUUCUGAAACAAAACCUGUUUCAACUUUGAAAUCGCUUCACAGGAACCUUCAGCUUUUUGAGUUUGAAAACUACUUGUUGUCUUUGAUGGGAGAGCUCUCGUACACGUCUGUAUAACAAUGGCUGUCAAAACUUACAACACCCAAUCGAGGAAAACACUCGACUGUAACUGAAAUAUUUACAAUUACCGCGAAUUUCAAAAGUAUGUUGUUGCCGCAGCUGAUUUAUUCGAAAAUCUGCAAUGAACAAGGAAAGCGAAAGAAUCAGCGCGCCAAAAGCAUGACGAAACGGAGACAAAUGCGAUCGGAUAUGAGGGUUUGGAUACUUUGGGAGUAAAACCAAACCCCUUUAAACACAGGGCCGCGUUGGCAUGGAAAAACCGGAGGAGAUCUAGGAAUCACCAAAAGACGUCAUGGCGCACCUUAUAGAAGAGAACAACCUUUGUGAGAGCGUGAAGGAAAAGGCGGCCAAUCUGUAUAACAAUGAGAACUUUACCUUUGUCUAGUAUAAUGUAUAAUGAGAACUAUACCCUUGAACUUUAUCACAAAUUAUGUAUUUCUGGUAACAAAAUACGAUGGAAACUACAACUGGUAGGAUUUUCAUGCGAUAAGAAAAGCGCAAAUGUGAUCAUGUGGAAAGACAAGGAGUAUGAGUAAAUCUCAAGAACGUGAAAUAAACAAAAUAAGGAGCUCACCAUUCUUCGCUUGCGACUGUCAGCCGAAAAGAAUGUUGAACAAUCGUUUACGGUGUGGGAACAGACUCCUUAAUCAGCAUUCUCUUUAGCUGCAUUCAUUGAUUAUCUUCCCCUGACUUGUCUAGUGGUAUGUGUUCGUAACAGCCGUCUUCGAAGCCGGUACAGAGCAUAAGGCCGACGACAUUCAAGAGUAAAAUCUCCUCGAUGCCGACGAUCGAAACGCGACCAUUUGGCCAUACAGCAACAUCCUUUGGACAGUAGUAUAUAGAAAUACCCGGUAUAUGCGUAUUAUUCUUGUAGCUAACAUCAUAUGGCGCUUCGGUCACAAAAUAUGUUCGUCCUAUCUUCUAGAUUCUCCUUUCUCCACCAUAGUUGCCGACGUGUCUUCACACGUUGAAGUUUUCAACGUCACGUCGAUCUAACAUGGUCGUUUUGGCCCCUUGCUUAAUGGGGACACCUUUUGGCCGCCUAAUCGUACUUCAAUGCACUAAAAAAUGGUCAAGGAGAACUCGCUGGGCGAUUAGGUCUAUUAUUUCUGAUUUUGAAUACGGCUAUAAACCAAAAAAUUGCAAAAAAAAAAAAAAAGAUGCGUGUAGUCGGGUGAUUAUUUGAAGUUGUCGGCUAUUGCAAUGUGGCGAAUUAUUCCAGUAACACCAUUUGCGAUUUACCAACACUAAUUGAACCAGACAUGAACAUUAUAACAUGCUUUAUAUGUAAAGAAUACAUUGUUGAGUUUAAAUCAAGGACAUUUCGCCAAAUUUUGAGUGGCUGUUUACUUCACCCUCGUCGAUCUUAAGUUUCUUGAUCAGCAGAGUUUUAGCUCAACACUGUAGCUGCUAAGACCUGCGUUUGCAAAGGUAAACAAAAUUUAUGAAUAGCAUCGCCACUAUAAUGCCCUUUUCAUAGUGCUGCUGGUUGGAAAGAUCCCCAACAUGAAAUUUCUAUUUUCUUGUACCUAUAGCCGAUAGGACCUCAGGAGGCUUAGAAAAUACUACCGGCUAGAGGUACAGCUUGCAUACCUAGUCAACGUUGCUCAAUUGUUAACACGGUUGGCUUCACAUUUUACUUUUUCUGCGCUCCAAAUUAGUCUUACGCUCCUUUGAGUCAAUUUUUGGAAGAAUACGUAUACAUUUAUUUAUUUUUAUUCGGUCUUGUGCCUCUGCUGGUAGGAUCUGACGAGGCUUAUAACAUACUACCAGCCAGAGGUACAUCUUGCAUACUUAGUCGACUUUGCCCAAUUUUUAAUUUGGUUUGCUCCACAUUUUACUUUUCUGCAGUCCAAGUUGUAGUUUUACACUCCUUGGAAUUACUUUUUACAAGGCUACAUUUACAGUUAUUUUUCUUAUUUGGUCUUGUACCUCUGGCUGGUGGGAUCUUAAGAGGCAUAGAAAGUACUAGCGGUUAGAGGUACACCUUGCAUAUUCAAUCGACUUCGCCCAAUUUUGUAUCACAGUUUGCUCUGAAUUUUGCUUUUUGGCAUUUCAUUUAGUCUCACACUAAAUUAGAAUGACUUUUUCAUGAACAUCUUCUUGUUUCUUGGUCGUCCACCUCUAGCCGGUAGGAUCUUAAGUGGCUUAGAAAAUACUACAGGCUAGAGGUACUUCAUGCAUUUACAGUAAAUUUAGCUUGUUUCAUUCACUUCUUGAUUUAUGGAAAAAUCUUUCUACAUUCCAUGUUAGUCUUCCACUGUUGUGGAGUCACUCCACGCAUAUUUUCAUGCUUUGCAGUCUUGUUCAUCUCGCUAGUAGGAUCUUGCAUUACUCAGAAAACACUACCAGCCAGAGGACUGCUUAUGUUUGAAAUAAGCUUGAAACCGUUGACAUUGUUAUGUUUUAAAUGAAUUUCACGUAAAUAAAUUUUAAACUAGCCUAAUUUGUAUUUUCUUUGGUGGUGGAUUUAUUUCAAUACAAAUGUAACCAGCUUUAGAUGACUUUGAUUUGAAAUUCAUUUUAGACUUGAACAAGUCAAUCAGAUUUACUGAAGUUUGUCAUCAUGUGAUACUCUGCUUAAGUUAGGUAGUCAUAGGAUAACAUGAUUUUAAUUCACCAAAUUGACAUUUUCACUUUCUAUUUUCAGUAAUAUUUAACAGCAUGUAUCACUGUAUGAAAACCUUAAGGCAAGUUAUUCUUGAAAAUAUAGAAUGGUCAUCUACUAUAUAUAUAUAUAUAGAAUUUAUACAAUUCUAUAAAUGAGAUUAACCUGUGCCUUUGUUAUUUAUUGUAUUUUUUAAUAAAAAUUGCUGUUAUUAAAAAGAAAAGUAAAAUGAGCAAACUCCACUAAAAAUUGGGCAAAGUUGACUAAAUAUGCAAGCUGCACCUCCCGCUGGUAGUCGUUUCUAAGCCUCCUGAGAUCCUACCAGCUAGAGGAUGGAAAUUUAGAAAAAAAAUUCAAGUGUAUUCUUAAAAAAAAUUUCAUGCCAAAGACUGUAAGGGUACAACUUGGCGUGCAGAAAACUAAAAUGUCGAGCAAACCAUAAUAAGAAUUGGGCAAAGUCCACUGAGUAUGCAAGCUGUACCUCCAGCCGGUAGUAUAUUCUAACCCCCCUGAGAUCCUACCAGCUAGAGGUACAAGACCAAAUAAAAAUAAAUAAAAUCACACUUAUUGUUGAAAAAAGUCAUUCAAAGGGGUUUAAGACUAAUUUGGAGCACAGAAAAGUAAAAUGUGAAGCAAACCAUAUGAGAAAUUAGGCAAAGUCGACUUAAUAUGCCAGCUGUACCUCAAGCCGGUAGUAUCUGCUAUACCUCCUAAGAUCCUACCAGCUAAAGGUACAAGACCAAUUAAAAGAAAUAAAUGUAAAUGUACGCUUAUAAAAAGUGAUUCCAAGGUGUGUAAGACUACAACUUGGAGUGCAGAAAAAAAAAAUGUUGAACAAACCGUAAUAAAAAUUGGGCAAAGUCGACUAAGUAUACAAGCUGUACCUCUAGCCGGUUGUAUUUUAUAAGCCCCCUAAGAUUCUAUAGAAAAAUUUACUCGUCAGACAGUCAAUUUUUCUUGAAUGGCAUAGUUGAAUAAAAAUUAACUUACUUGAAUUGCCCGCCAUAUUGCAAUGGCUGAUAAUCACCCGAUUGUCGGCCAUUCCAAUAUGGCGGACCAUUCGAGUAAAGGAAUUUCAGGAAUACCAUUUGCGAUUUGCCAACAGUCAAGCGACGUGAUUGAACCAGACAUGAACACUAUUACAUGCUUUACAUGUAAAAAAUACAUUUUAGAGUUUAAUUCAAGGAAAUUUCGCUAAAUUUUGUAGGGCUGUUUCCUUCACCCUCGUCGAUCUUAAGUUUCUUGAUCAGCAGAGUUUCUAACUUAACACUGUAGCCGCUGAGACCCACGCUUGCAAAGGUAAACGAAACUUGUGAAUAGCAUCGCCACCAUAACGCCUUUGACAUAGUGCUACUGGUUAGAAAGAUUCCCAAGGUGACACUUCUAUUGUCUUGUACCUUUAGCCCAUAGGAUCUCAACAGGCUUAAAAAAUACAACCGGCUAGAGGUGUAGCUUGCAUAUUUAGUAAUCGACUUUUCUACACUCCAAAUUAGUAUUAAACACCUUGGAAUCACUUUUUUACAAGAGUGCAAAGUACAAAGUACAAAAGCUUAACUGUUGGUAAAUCGCAUAUGGUAUUACCUGAAUUGUCCGCCAUAUUGGAAUAACCGACAAUUUCCGAUAAUCAUCCGACUCGGAAACUCGUCACUAUUAUUCUACAGGCGUACCUCUAGCCGGUAAGAUUUAGGUACAACCCUUAAGUUGUUGGAUAUGUAACCGCGUGUUAGGUCUCUGUGAGUGAUUUUGGUGAAAGUCGCAAGUGGGUGGUAAAUUUGUUUGACUUUUAUGGAAAGCCGAUAUCUAGAUAGAGCUAAUCCUUCCAAAAAGAGAGGGAAACAGUAUGCCGCUUUCGUUUGUUCAAAUGCAUUUUAUGGCCCCAAUGGCUUGCCUACGCGUUUUCACUUCAAGUUUCGGAAGGAUUCGAACAAAGACGCCGAUGGUGCAAUCUCAUCAAACGUCAGCAUGGGAAAGAUGGUAUUUCAACUAUGGUUUCCUCAGAGUAUUUUCGAAAAGAAGACAUUCGAAAAACUUUAAUAGGCCGCUGGGAAUUAGCGACAAGUUCUGAACUAUCUCCCCCCCCCCCCCCCAAAAAAAAAAAAAGUAAAAAAUAAAAAGUAAAUAAAGAAGUAGGCUUUUUAUACCCUUAACAUCUAAAAGUUUAAAAACUGUUGAACUAGAUGUAGAAUUUUGUGAUGAAACUGGAGAAACUGCUUUAAAGGAUGCUGUUUUAGCUUCACCAGAUGCUGCUACAUAUGAGAGUAUGACUGAUCCUCCUGUGGAUCCUAAAGCUAUGGUGCUAAAUUAACUCAGCAGAGCUGAAAUGCUAGAAAAGCUAGUGUCCCCUUUCGAGGCAAAGGUAGUGCAGUUGGAAAAGGAAAGGAAGCUUUGCUUGCACGCCAGUUUUCUCUCGACAUAUUAAAGGUGACGAUACAGCCGUGCCUUUUACACUGGCUUUCCCAAUUAUGAGGCUGUAAUAAGCUUUUAUGAUUAUAUUAAACCGAAAGACAGUAAAAAUGCAAUAUUGUUAAUAAAGUUAGUCUAAUCAGAUGGAUAUGAACAAAAAUAAACCAGGACCUUCAUGGACACUAACCUAUCUCUAUCUUGUCUUAUUGCGAUUGAAGGCGGAAUUUUCCUGUACAAGAUCUUACAGACAGAUUUGGAAUUAGCGUGAGUCUCGUUUUGCGAACGUAAUUGCAUGGAUGUAUUUUCUUUCUAUGGACUCUUUCCCUUUCCAUCUCAAGAACUGUCUCAAAAGUUUUCAGAAUACCAUACUACGAGAAUUAUUUUGACUUGCAAUGAAAUAUUUGUACAGCAGCCAUCUGCAAUGCUAGCGUGGAAAGUAUUUGUUGGUGUCACUCCAAAUAUUCAGGUGUCAUUAAUUUUAGUCUUGUGGCGGGGACAAGUAUCAGACAGGGAGCCGAAUUACAAGGGAAAGUGGUGUUCUUAAUUUAUUAGAGCCUAGUGACAAUGUGAUGGUUGACAGGGCUUUGAUAAUUCAGAUAUUGUCCCAAGUGAUGUAAAAGUAAAAAUGUUUUGCUAUUUCAAAUGCGGUUUUCGCAGCCUUGCUGAAAUUUGAAGCUGUUAGAGGUGAUUAUCGCUUUUCAGGCCACAGGGCUGGGGUGUUUUGACGGCUUGUGAUCCUUCAGUUUAAAUCUGUUCGUUGCAAUGUUAUAACUGUCAGUAAAAAAUACUUCUUGUAAAUCUUUCUGUCUAUUAUCUAAGGCUGAUUGACAUGCCAUUUGCGAGAGACCCAUAUUUGGAUCAAUGUUCUUGAGUGCAUUUUUAGGAACUUCUGCAUUCUUGUCAUGCAUAGUGUUCAUUCUUGCAUCAUACAAGAAGCACCUUUCAUUAGAUUCUGACCUCAAAUCAUCGUCUUUUGUUUUGGUCACUUUAACCUCUAUAAUUGGCUAUGGGGCAAUAUUGGAAUGUCCACCUCACUUAUGCCAUUGCUGCAAUUGAGAUGUGCAGGCUAAGUUAAAUAAGGAAAACUUACAUAACUUGAAGAUAAAGUCUAACGCAUGCAGUCAUCAAGGAAAAGUUCCAACUGGUUACCGAAAUCUUGGAAUUAUGAGUUUCCAAAGUGCGUAAUAUAACCUUUCUGUCUGUUGCGCUUAAAUGAGAUCAUUCAAUGUGGGUGAAUGUCGAUAGUUACCAUGCUCUAUGAUUUGAAUAAGAAUUUUACACCGCCAUUUCAACCGAAUAGAGACCUCUCUUGAAUUGGUCGCUGAUGCACUCACUGCAGCUUUUUUGGUAUUUCCUUUUAAUUCUACUUGGCCAUUGGGAUUACUUCGAGUUGACUUGAUAAAAGUUGAAUAAAUAAUAGCCUCCAUUUGGCCCAAAUUAUGCCCGGAUAUUUGUCCGCGAACAUCUGUUCUCUUCUCAGAACAAACAAUGUCCAAGGACAAAUAUACGAGCUUAUUUUUGGGGUUAAGUAGAGGCUAUUGUGUUCAUUAUUAUUCACACAUUUUUGCAACUUGCCUGAAAAAAUGUUUACCAACAGCUAUAGAAUAUUCCUCCUUUUGUAACAAGAGACUUAGGAAGACUUAUAGGUUUGAAAAUUGUUAAAUAUCACUUGGGGUUUAUCCUCGGAUAUUCCCAAGUUUUAAUUGAGCACAUUCGGUCACGUGAUGUGUGUAGGCAAUUCGCGUGUGAUCAAAAUUAGUUAUAGAUUACAAUCCGGCGAGAAUAUUGAAAAUGGCGAUUUCUAAAAUCAAGAAAUAAAUGAAUUGAAAUUCAAAAGAAUAAAAAAAUCAAGUCUAAAAAGGGUACUGUUAGUCUAUUGCUGCUUCCUAAAACGUGCUAGAGGUUGUACUACAGUUUUUGAUGGCAUCGGAUGAAAAGUUCCGCAGUCUAAGGAAGGCCCUCUAGCUCAAGGUUUCAGGUGGAAAAGUCAGAUUUUAAUCUGCAUUUGCGAGAAGGUAUCUAGGUUAUAGUAGAAAGCGAUCUUAAUCGACACUGUGCCUAUUUAUUCUUUAUUAGGUCAUCCAUUCAUCAUGACAGUAGGGUGUGUGGCAGGAGAUGAAGAAUCGUAUCAGGUGUUUGCCGAGUUAUUGGAUCCAGUGAUAGAGAUGCGUCAUGGCGGCUACAAGAAAACCGACCAGCACAAGACCGACCUCGAUUUCACGAAAAUAAAAGGCGGCAAACUUGAUGAGAACUAUGUAUUAUCGUCACGUGUUCGUACAGGGCGCUCCAUCCGGGGAUUUUCCUUGCCACCACACUGCACACGUGCUGAGCGAAGAGGAGUUGAGAAGGCUGUGGUUGACGCCCUGAAUAACCUGGAUGGGGAUUUAAAAGGAAAGUAUGUAUUUUCAUUUGGGGUUUGUCCUCGAAUAUUCCAAAAUCCAGGACAUGAGGAAGGUAGACAAAUCGGAGAGCAACAAUUAUCAAAAACUCAUUGACAGUCAAAGAGUCGUUCUUUUUUUAACAGAAGUGAAUCCCAGCUACGAUGGCUCAAAUCAAAGUAACACUUGUGUCCUGUGUCCAUUUUCCAGUGUCCAGUGUCCUGUGCAUCAGUUUCAUCUUCUGAACCAAGUGUUUUAUGGCCCUUGCAAACAGAUAAGCAUAAGCCUUUGAAUUUAGCAAAACAAAGAACGACACCACGAGAGACAGACAUGUCGUACUCAGAAGAACACAAAAUGUGACACGACGUUUCACUAAUUUACUGCAAAAUAACUGGAUCGUUUAAUAGCUGCAUGACAGAGUUAUUUCUCAUCCUUUUCUCUGGUGCCACAUAUCGUCUAAAAAGCGAUUUACCGGUAACAAUUCUUGUGCAGUACUCAGGAAGGCCGGUAGGAGUCUUUAGUGCGUCUGUUAAGAGAAGGCGAUGGGCCGUACUAUUGUUACGUUUAACUAGCAUUCGCAGUUGAAUCAGGUUGUUGGAUGAAAUUUUAAAAUAUCAUUAUUUUUGUAAAGGAAGGAGGCACUUGCAGCAUAGGACUCCUCUCCCCCAAUCCACUUAGCUUCCAUCCCAUUCCCCCCCGUCUACACCCUUGAUACUGCAUGAGCGAAAAACACUAUGAAAAUUACUAUGGAUGUCAAUUAAUCGCUUCAGCUUUGUCUACCUUCUUUUGACUGUUUCUUUUGAAUUAAAAUUUUUAAUCCCUUUUCCAGAUACUAUCCACUCAACAAAAUGACAGAGGCUGAACAGGAACAACUGAUCGAGGACCACUUCUUGUUCGACAAACCAGUGUCUCCUCUUCUGACGUGUGCUGGAAUGGCACGUGACUGGCCCGAUGCUCGCGGUAUCUGGCACAAUGAAAAGAAGAACUUUUUGGUUUGGAUCAAUGAAGAGGAUCACACUCGAGUGAUUUCCAUGCAGAAGGGAGGAGAUAUGGCCGCUGUGUUUGAACGCUUCUGUACUGGACUGAAUAAGGUAAUUUGACCGACUUGUUAUCCUAGUCGUGAAUCAAGUUAAAGGAAUCAUGAUACACAUUUAAAAAUUCCAAAACCAGGUUUAUUCAAGAGAUUAAAUAAGGCGAUAUUGAAUUACCCUCUUCCCUACCACCGCCUUCCCUCUUCAUAGAUAUUUCUGAGAGACCCCUGGAGUUAAAACCAGGCCCCGGUUGUUCGAAGGUCAGAUAACGCUAUCCACUGGAUAAAUCUCUACCUGGUGGAUAGCGCUAUACGUUUCUCUAUCACUUAUCCGCUGGAUAGCGAUUUCUCCUUCGGGUAUCCGCCCUUUAUGCAACUGGGCCCAGGAGGUUAAAAUCAGGUAAUUCUGUUUGCCCCGACAGAGCAUAGGAAGGAAACAUCCUGACAAAAAGCGUUCUAGAUGUAACUAUACAUCCAAUGAACAAAUACCCAGAGUUGAAAAUUAACUUGAGAGAGAUUUCCUUCGACACGAGGCCAUUUGACAAGUGGAGUCUCCUAUCUUAAUCUUUUCUGGUUUACACUAUGUUGCAUGCUUUUGAUAUCGAAGUAUUCGCAGACUGGGCACAAGUGUGAUAUAUCAUUGCUGAGCUUCGUUUGUGAGUUCAUGCUUUGUCGUUAGGAUUGUUCCUGUACCUUAGUUAGCUUCAAAACAAAGCCACUCCUCACAAAUGGUCGGAAAGUAACGAAUAUUACAAAGAAAACGAGUGGCCUAGCUUGAAAAUUUAUAAAGGCUCAUGUUACGGCUAAAUGAAUUUACAAACUGGCCUCUGAGGUUGAUAACAUGGAAAUGAGAUUUCUCAACAUUUAACUUCGUUAUCCAUACAAUAUCAAAAAUUUGUCCACAUUCUCACUCGCGGCUGGUGCCAUGAAGCUUGUUCAGCAUAUCUAUCGUCAUUGCCAAAAGUUUCAAGACACCGCUAAGGAAAGUAGCUCAAUACCGUUCGUCUCGGCUCUUUUUCCACAAAAAUAUUGAUUUUAAUCACUCCUUCGCAAUAAGCUUAUUUGGAAUGAAGUCAGAGAGAGGAACUUACGCAGUUAAAAGAUCACAACACUUUUCCUAAAACAUGAAUUGGCAAAACACCAGGUCACAAAGUAUGCUUCUCCUGUCUGCGUUUUUCGAAGAUGCUCCAGGAACUUUUGGCUUGGCUUCUGUUGCUCAUCCAUUCAUUAAACUUCUUCCACUGUUGUCGUUGUUUAUUCAUUAGGUCGAACAACUGAUCAAAGGAGCUGGUCACAGUUUCAUGUGGAGUGAGCAUCUCGGCUUUAUCCUGACUUGUCCCUCAAACCUCGGCACAGGGCUCCGAGGAGGCGUACAUCUCAAAAUCCCUGAGUUAAGUAAAGACGAAGAGAGACUGAAUAGCAUCCUGAAGAAAUUUCGUCUACAGAAACGUGGCACGGGAGGUGUAGACACCGCUUCAGUGGGAGGAACUUUUGACAUUUCCAAUGCUGAUAGGCUGGGAAAGUCGGAGGUUGAGCAAGUUCAAGCCGUGAUUGACGGAGUCCAGUUGUUGAUUGAAAUGGAGAAGAGAUUGGAGAAAGGUGAAUCAAUUGAUGACUUGAUUCCCAAUUAA